AUGCGGCUGUCAGCUCAUCAAUCUUCGAGUAGAAAAGAAACACGCAACCACGACGAAGCACGCUCGCACCCAAAGUUUUUACGCCCAGCAAUGGCCGACAUCAUUCCCGCUGGCUCCUACGUAAUCCGCCUUAUAGGCUCGGGCAAGGUUCUGUGGUCCGCCGGAACCACUGGCACGGGGGUGAAAGUCGGGGUCCGCAACGAGGGGAACCCCCAGUACCGCGAGGACCAAACUUGGUACAUCGAACCCAUCCCGGAGCAGCACGAGUUCUUCGAUGAGAACACUCCGACGCUUUACACGAUAACCCGACUGGCAUCCGGGAGCUCCCUGGACGCCCCCGAUCUAAAGAGAGACGGCCGCCUCUGGACCUACAAAUCGCACGGUGCGCCAUGGCAGCUCUGGAGACUUGUCGAGGUGGCGGAUUGCGAUGAUCGCAUGCACUACAACAUCAUCAACGAGUUCUCGGGCCUGGCACUCGACAGGUCCAUUGAAAAGGACAAGACCGAGCGCAUAACCAUGUGGGAUAACAAGAACAAUGCAAAUCAAAAAUGGGAGCUCGUGAUCCCCGUGUCCUCGGUACCGAUAGGCUGGCACCAGUUGAGAAACGUCGGCACCGGCCACAUCCUGAGCCAUUCCUACCCGUCAUCCCUCCCGAUCCUUAUCUCUCCCACCGAACCCAAGCACACGUCAAACUACUACGAGACGUGGAGAACACAGUGGGCGAUAAUCCAUGGCCACGGCUUCAAUGGUGGUGCCGCGGUCGGGUCUUUCCAGAUCAGGAACCGGUUUACGGGUGGGUUCCUGCGUCCUCGGGGCAGCAAGAGCCCGGCGAUUUCGAAGACGAUGGAAGAAACCGUCAAUGGGUGGCAGACGUCUUACUAUCGCGGUGAGAAGCUCUGGACACUGGAGCUCGACGGACGGAGGAACUGGAAGAUUGUGGAAGAGGCCACGGGAAACCUGCUGGGAGAGGCCGUGCUCAGGAGAUCCUUCGGUGGCGGAAACACUCUCGAAUGCUGCAGCAAACGGCCAAAUCCUCACACGAGCUGGGAGCUGAUACCGAUGCAAGAAGUUGAUGCUGCCGUGACCAUGCCGGGAACGGGCUCCCCACCUGUUUAUCCUUCCAAGAAUGUCAACCCGACUUUUGCACCGUAGCUUGGCCUGUGGAGAGCAUCGCAAUCGACAUGCAGAACUCUCGGUCCGGUCUGGAAUGGGGGUUUUCUGGAUAUGUCGUGCACAGGUGCGGGUAUAACUGUUAUAAGAUCGAAUGGGAAACGACGAUAGCGGGCAAUGUCAAUACACUCUAUACAAACUGAG